AUGCCCUCACUUGCGAAGCUCUUCUCCUCUCGCUCCUCCCUUGGAAAUUUGGAAAAGCAUGGGCCUGACAUAGCCACUCCAGACACCGAGAGUAACAAGUCGCCCAUCUCGCCACAACCGGUCGCAAGGGAGGUGCAGGAGCAACUCAUAUGCGCUACCCUCAGUCGUUUCGCGCAAGUCCCGGUCUCGGCUGUAUUCGUAUUGGAACCCGGAUGGAACCCUGGAGGUCUUUCUGAUGAACAGGCUUCCCUGAUUCUCAAAACUCAUGGACCUAACACACCGGUAGCGGAACGUCCUCUCGCCGCGCUCCGGAUGCUUUGGGGGGCCAUUGUCAAUCCCUUCAACAUCCUUUUGACCAUCCUUGCAAUUAUCAGCGCUGCCACUCAACAGAUCCCCACGUUCAUCGUCAUGAUGGCAAUGGUGUUCGCUUCGACCGGCUUAAGGUAUUGGCAAGAAUUGAAGUCCAUGAUUCAAGCAGUCAAUUUGAUCAAGUCAGUCACGACGAAUACCCGCGUUCUUCGUUAUCGAAACUCUGGUUCGGAGGAGCUCGAAAUUGAUCAGCGGAAUGUGGUUCCGGGUGAUAUCAUAGCUGUCACCAGCGGUGAUGUCUUCCCUGGUGAUUGUGUUCUCAUUACGGCCGAGGCUAUCACAAUCACACAGGCCUCGCUUACCGGAGAAAUGAUGCCCAUCGAGAAAACCGUGCGCCUUGCUGCGCCAGGUCCCGGAGAAACGCUUGAUUUACUGCAUAAUGAUAAUGUUUGUCUCGCGGGCACAUCUGUUGUCACAGGGAAUGGAUACGCCCUCGUCGUCUCGACUGGCAAGGACACCUACAUGGCUUCUAUCACCAGCGAGCUCUCCAAACGACGACCGGAAAACGCUACUCAGAUUGGCAUCAGGAAAGUCAGUUAUGUCUUGAUGGCCUUCACGGGCGUUAUGGCCCCGAUUGUGUUCAUCGUCCAGGGUGCUGUUAGUAAGGACUGGAAGGGUGCGAUCAUGUUUGCGAUCGCUAUUGCAGUUGGAAUUACGCCAGAAAUGUUGCCAAUGAUUGUGACAUCAAACCUUGCGCUGUCUGCCGUUCGUGUGGCACGCAAAAAAGUCAUUGUGAAGCGUUUUGAUGCCAUCCAGAACCUUGGCGCAGUUCGCAUUCUCUGCUCAGACAAAACAGGGACGCUUACUGCUGAUCUCGUGCGCAUUUCAAUGUCCACGACGGGUACAGGAGACCUCUCGCAACUUCCCAUCAAGUUGGCUUAUAUUAAUUCCUCACUGCAGACCGGUUCUCGUAGUCCGAUCGACCACGCAAUCGUUGACUUCGUCGAUCAAAAUGAGCAGGACAUGUUCACAGACAUUCCCAGAGACGGCUGGGUCAAGCAGGGCGAAGUUCCUUUCGAUUCGUCGCGCCGCCUUCUGUCGGUCUUAGUUUCGCGACCUGGUGGCGAUGGCUCUGAAGGACUGUUGAUAACAAAGGGCGCAGUAGAAGAAGUCUUGGACUUGUGCGUGUCAGUCUACAACCACCAGACAUCUCCUUCCUCAGAUGCCUCGGAGCCGCUUGGUUUGGAUAUAUCCCCCUCAACGACGUUAAUCUUCACAGCAGACGAGCGGCAAAAGAUUCUUGAUACUGCCCAGCGUUUGAACGAGGAUGGGUUGCGUCUUGUCGCUGUGGCCUGCCGAGAACAGCUUAUCAAGCCGUUCAUGACCAUAUCCUGCUCUGACGAGAGUGAACUUACCUUCAUUGGAUUCAUUGGGCUUCUUGAUCCAUUGAAGCCUGAUGCCACCCAGGCAAUCAAAGAUUUGGCCGCAUUGAACGUGCAGGUCCGAAUCCUCACUGGUGACGCUCCUGCGGUGGCUGCAAAGGUGGCUCGCGACCUCGGGCUUAUACCAUCUUGCCAGCAUUCGUCGACUGCGGAGAACGAGAAGGAUGAAGGCCUCAUUCUCACUGGCGUCCAGCUUGCGGCCCUUGCAGAUGAUCAAGAUGCCUACAAGGAUGCCAUCGAUCGCUGCAUCAUUUUUGCCAAACUCUCGCCUUACCAGAAGCUUGAGGUCGUGAAAGCUCUGCGCAUGGGUGACGGUGGCAGAGCAGUCGCCUUCUUGGGAGACGGCGUCAACGAUGCUCUUGCUAUACGCGGCGCAGACGUCGGGAUCUCGGUGGAUUCAGGAACUGACAUUGCGAAAGAAGCGGCAGAUGUGAUCUUACUUGAGAAGAGCUUAGCUGUCGUCGCUGACGGUGUGGUCGAGGGGAGGCUUACACUCAUUAACACACUGAAGUACAUCAAGAUGGCGACCUCCUCCAACUUCGGUAAUAUAUUUUCGGUCUUGGUUGCUUCUGCGUGGCUUCCAUACCAGCCUAUGCUCCCGCUGCAGCUCCUCGUCCAGAAUCUGUUGUAUGAUUUCUCUCAGGCAUCGAUUCCCUGGGAUAAUGUUGACCCCGAGUACUUGGUGGCCCCGAAGACAUGGGGAGCGAAAUCGAUCAUCCGUUUCAUGAUUUGCUUGGGUCCCUUCUCAAGCCCUUUUGAUAUCAUCACAUUCAGUAUCAACUGGUUCCACUACGGCAUUCGUACGCUCGACAACCCACUUGUUCCCCUUGCACAGACCCAUUGGUUUCUCGAGGGGUCUCUGACACAGCUGUUCAUUAUUCACUUCCUGCGAACGGGCAAGCUCCCCUUCAUCCAGUCCCGCGCAUCGAUCUCAGUCGUUUGCACCACCUUCGGUAUCGCUGGUAUAUCUAUUGCGAUCCCAUACAUGCCGAAGAUCAACACUGCCCUGAAGUUCACCCCGCCUGAGCCCAUCUACUACUCGUACCUGCUAGCGAUGAUCAUCGGCUAUGCUAUGGUCGUGCAUGUUGUCAAGACGCUUUAUCAACUGGUGUUCAAGGAAUGGCUUUAG